AAAGAAACAAAAUUAGCGGCCAACGAGCGGUUUUGCAUCAAACUACUGGGAAGUUGAGCUUUGCCGAACUGGAAGAAAGAUUGAAAGAGCGUUUGGGUCGAUCUCCAACACGUGUAGAGAUGUUUGCCGCAUGCUUUACUCAUCGUGAUGGCAAUCCCUCGACUCAUGAAGCUGGAGUUGCACUUGCUCGAAUGAGAGAGCAACAGUCAAAACUGCCUCAAGGUUCAGAAGAUCCGGUUCAGCCCAAUCACGUUAUAGGCCAUGAUCCAUUAGGUAAGGUACGGUUCGGAUUCGGUGCAAAGGGAGACACUCCAAGUCGCGGUGCAUGCUUACAAAUGCUCUCGGAAAGCCAAGCAGCAAUGAGGCGAAUGGAGGAAAGGAUGGAUCAGUUUUCAAAAGUAAUCGAAAGAUUGCAGACGGAAAAAAUGCAGCCAGAGCAAAACCAAAAUGAUGUUCCUCCUACACGCACACCUAUAUCACCUAAUCAAUCUUCCAACUCAAAUAUCGUAGGAUACAAACUUCAGGUUGGAGAUUCUGUGUGCUUGAAGAGUUUGUUCGAUCCAAAGAAAAUUGUGGCCAGAGGCUGUCUUGAAACUGUAGAUCCGGAUGAAUACGUUGGAGGAAGACGACUCGGAUCAAACUGGUAUGGAGUUCAGAUUUCUGUUCCCAUAGAGUGGGAUGAAGAUUUGAUUAGGCCGUUUUCAAACUUUUCCACAAUCGGAGAAGCAGUAGGGAAUCGCGUCGCAUGGCCUCACCACCUGGUUACUGAUAAAUAAAGAUAUUCAAGAAAAGCAGGUUACUGUUAAAUAAAGAUAUUCAAGAAUAGCUGACUUAUCAUUUGGUGGAAGGCUUUGAAGAUGAAUCACUACAUUUUGAGGGCAUUCUGAUCACCAUUUAAAUAUUUAUGUAUGCUGAAUUUUGUAAAAAAUGGUUUGUGGGAUGUUAAAUUUUAGACCAUAUCUGUUAAAAAACAGAGGAUAUGUGUUAGAGUACUA